CUUCACUGUCUUCUAUACUCUCUCUUCCCUGCCUAUACUCUAACGAACAUUCUCCUUCUGCCCCCUUCUCUCUCUCCUUGACGACCGUCCAUCACUCUCCUUAAUCAUGAAAGCUGUAUUCCUCCUCUCUGUCGGCCUCGCUGCCGCCGCCGUAGUCCCCACCGUCCCCACCGAGGAGCGCGGCCUCAAGGUCGAUGCCCCCCAGGAGCGCGGCCUUCUUGACGGCCUCAUCGGCGGUAAGAACGACAACUCGGGCCUCCUCAACGAGCUCCUCGGCCAGACUGGCGGCGGCGGCCUUCUCGCCACCAUCGCCCCCACCCUCGAGCAGACUCUCCAGCAGAUUCUCGCUAUCCCCUCGAGCGUCGUCUCUCAGCUUGUCACCCUCCUCGAUGGUGUCAUCGCCAACAAUGGUCUUCCGAUCCCCAUCCCCGCGGGCCUCGCUGGCGCUCUUACCGACCCCGAGCUCACGGCUUUCCUCUACAACGCCCAGAACGCCCUCGCCGGUGUCCCCGCCAUCCCCAGUGGCCUCCUCUCCACCGCCAUCAGCACUGUCAAGCAGAUCGUUCCCGUUGCUGCCUCGACCAAGCGCUCGACCGAGCCCCGCUCCGACCCCAGCGUCGCCGGUGGCCUCUUGAACACCAUCGAGGCUGUCACCAAGAUCCUCGGCGGUCUUAACCCUGCGGCCAACGUUACCCAGGUCGUCGCCGACCUGAACCAGCUCCAGGCUGCCGUCAACGCCAUCCUUCCUCAGAUCCCCACCUCGCUCUCUGGUCUUGACACGACUAACAUUGCGGAUGCCCUUGGUGAACUCCUCAACAACCUCGCCACGUACCUCAACAAGCUCUCGGUUGCUUCCGACCCGCAGGUCCUCCUCGCCGGUCAGGGUCUCCUUACCACCCUCGCGACUGCCCUCACUGGCCUCGCAGGUAUCCCUGGCAUCAACAACGUCCUCAACAACCUGACUACCGGCGUCAACCUCGGCGGCACCAACACCCUUGCCAAGGUUCUUGCCCAGGUCGUUGCCUCUGUUCUUCAGCUUGUCCAGGGCCUCCUUAACGGCACCGGUCUCGGUGGUCUCCUCAGCCCCGUCGAGGGCAUCCUCAACUCUCUCCAGGGCCUCGGCGGUUCCGGUGCCACUGGUGCGCUCGGUGGUCUCCUCUCGGGCCUUCUCGGCGGUACCGCCAGCGGCGGACUCGGUGGCCUCACGUCUAUUCUUGGUGGCGCUACCGGUGGCGCUGGCGGUGUUGCCGGCGCUGUUGGAAGCCAGCUUGGCGGCCUCACCGGUUUGCUCGGAGGUGUUACUGGCGGUAACGGACUCGGCGCCAACGUUGGUGGUCUGCUCGGUUCGGGCACGGGCGGUGUUGGUGGCGCCGUCGGCGGCCUCACCGGCGGCGGCGUCGCUGGCGUUGGCGUCCCUCAGGUCGGCCAGGCUGCUAGCGGUCUUCUCGGCGGUCUCGGCCUCUAAGGACCCACUCACUCUAGAUGACUACUCUCUCUCCCCCGUGCCAACCCCGCUUCGGCAUUACCUUUUCUUUCAUGACCCCUCCCCUCCCCCCCUUCUGAAAUAGUUAAUGUGAU